AUGAACCGCUAUCCACAAUCCAACUAUGGCGACGCGCCGCCCGCAUACCUCAACCACGACUCGGCUUCCUAUCUGUCCGAUCCCGACUCUCCAACCAAUGCCUCGCGUCUCAAUGGAGGAACAAUGCGCUUGUUGCCCAGCGGUGAUGGCACCGACGAUUUAGCUAGCAGUCACAGGGCUCCUUCGCCUUCCCAUUAUGACCCAGAUUAUCAUCACACUCCGACUGGACAAGAUCGAGGCUAUGACCAUUAUUACGAGGUGCCCAGUAUCUCUUCACCUUCGCGCCCACCAUCUAGUUUGGCAAGUGGACCCAGUAUCCCGCCUCCUACAGGAAACCUCGCAGACACUUCUAUCUAUCCAUCUAUUCCCGCACGCACAGGAUCGCCAGUUCGCCCAUGGAGUCCAUCACACAUCCGACCACCGUCCGUUUCGAGUAUUGGGUAUGAGCGGGCUGACCUGAACGGUAGCCCGCGCCCCGGUACACCUAGCUCAAGAUAUGGGGGCAGUCCCCGUCGACCACUGCCUCCUGCGCCUUUGUUCUCCGGACCAAAGUCGACAGUGGAUACGAGUAUCGAUAUUGGUGAUGCCCAUGGCGAAGAUCCAUUCGGUGGCGAUGGCCGCACAAUUCACCAUACAUCACGAGGUAGCGUCCGAUCGUUCAUGAGUGAGUCGACGAUGUUGGGGGACGAGAAAGAUGGCAUGUCAAAAGUCGACCUUGAUGAUGGAGAUGACGACAACUCCCACAUGAUGGACCCCAACCUCCAUUAUGGCCCAGCACCGGACAAGCAGGGCCGUCGCGGUGUCCGGUCCACACAGGUCACCAAAAAGGAAGUUCAGCUUGUCAACGGCGAGCUUAUUUUGGAGUGCAAGAUUCCCACCAUCCUUCACAGCUUCUUGCCUCGCCGUGACGAGCGCGAAUUUACACACAUGCGUUAUACAGCUGUCACAUCCGAUCCGGACGAUUUCGGUGAACGGGGAUAUAAGCUUCGCCAGCAGAUUGGUACCACGACUCGGGAGACAGAGCUGUUUAUCUGUAUCACUAUGUACAACGAAGACGAGAUCGGUUUUACUCGUACAAUGCACGGCGUUAUGCGGAAUAUCAGCCAUUUCUGCUCGCGGGCUAAGUCGCGUACAUGGGGCCGGGAUGGAUGGAAGAAGAUCGUUGUUUGCAUUGUCGCCGAUGGACGAAAGAAAGUCCAUCCGCGUACCCUCAACGCAUUGGCCGCCCUAGGUGUUUACCAGGAGGGUAUUGCGAAGAAUAUUGUCAACCAAAAGGAAGUUCAGGCACAUGUGUACGAGUACACUACGCAGGUGUCGCUGGACGAUGAUCUCAAGUUCAAGGGUGCCGAGAAGGGAAUUGUCCCCUGUCAAGUUAUCUUCUGCUUGAAGGAACACAACAAGAAGAAGCUGAACUCCCACCGAUGGUUCUUCAAUGCCUUUGGUCGUGCCCUUCAGCCCAACAUUUGUAUCUUGCUCGAUGUUGGAACUAGGCCAGAGCCAAUGGCACUCUAUCACCUGUGGAAGGCAUUUGAUCAAGAUUCCAAUGUUGCCGGCGCUGCUGGUGAGAUCAAGGCUGCCAAGGGUAAGAACAUGCUCGGUUUGCUUAACCCUCUUGUGGCAAGUCAAAACUUUGAAUACAAGAUGUCCAAUAUCCUGGACAAGCCACUAGAAUCGGUCUUCGGUUAUAUUACUGUACUGCCCGGUGCGCUCAGUGCUUAUCGAUUCUUUGCUCUGCAAAAUGACGCAGAUGGCCAUGGCCCCCUCAACCAAUAUUUCAAGGGUGAAACACUUCACGGUCAGGAUGCAGACGUUUUCACUGCCAAUAUGUACCUAGCUGAAGAUCGUAUUCUUUGCUGGGAGUUAGUUGCUAAGCGGGAAGAGAGAUGGGUGUUGAAGUUCGUCAAAAACGCCGUUGGAGAAACUGAUGUGCCAGAUUCGGUUCCUGAGUUCAUCUCCCAACGCCGAAGAUGGCUGAACGGUGCUUUCUUCGCCGCUGUUUAUUCCAUUUUCAAUGCCAAGCAGAUCUGGAAGACGGAUCAUACUCUCCCCCGGAAGAUCUUGCUUCACAUCGAGUUCUUUUAUCAAUUUCUUAACCUACUGUUUACCUACUUUGGUCUUGCCAAUUUCUACCUCGCUUUCUACUUCAUUGCUGGCUCUUUGACUGAUCCGAAGCUUGAUCCAUUCGGUCAUAACAUGGGCAAAUACAUCUUCAUUGUUUUGCGCUAUGCUUGUAUCCUGAUUAUGUGCCUGCAGUUCAUUAUCUCAUUGGGUAAUCGGCCGCAAGGUGCCAAAAAUCUCUAUCUCUCUGGUAUCAUUGUUUACGCCAUUAUCAUGUUCUACACUGUGUUCUGCGCCCUCUACUUAGUGGUCAAAGAGCUACUCGCACGUGCUGGCAUUAGUAAAGAUGACAUGGAAGUAGGGGACGGCCUAAUGAUGAACAUCGUCCUUUCCAUGUUGUCAACCGUCGGUCUCUACUUCUACACGUCUUUCCUCUACCUGGACCCGUGGCACAUGUUUACCUCUUCGGCCCAAUACUUCCUGCUCAUGCCCAGCUACAUCUGCAUUCUGCAGGUCUACGCGUUCUGUAACACCCACGACGUAACCUGGGGAACCAAAGGUGACAACGUGAUCAACACCGAUCUUGGCGCAGCAAAGACCAUCAAUGGCUCAACUGUCGUCAUCGAAAUGCCCUCCGAGCAACUCGACAUUGACUCGGGCUAUGACGCGGCCCUCCGCAACCUCCGCGAUCGCCUCGAGGUUCCAGAGCCCCCGCCAUCAGACUCCCAGCUACAGGAGGACUACUACCGCGCUGUCCGUACGUACAUGGUCUCUAUCUGGAUGGUCGCAAAUGUCAUCCUCGGCAUGGCUAUCUCCGAAAUCUACGGCAUUGGUGCUGGUGGUACCAACAUUUACCUCGCUAUCAUCUUGUGGUCUGUCGCUGUCCUCGCUGCUAUUCGUGCCAUAGGAUCUACUACAUAUGCCAUCUUGAACGUCGUUCAGAAAAUCGUGGAAGGGAAGACGAAAUUCGAUGCAGGUAACAUGACCAACUUUGCUCCCAGCUCUUAUGGUGGUUCGAGUGCCGCUGCUACCUCGGAGUCUGGGGCGCCCCGUCCUGUGCGUUAUGGCGGCGGUGCAUCCUUUAAGGAUAAAAUUGCCGAAGCUCGCUGGUCUGCUGGUAGGGUGGUUGGAAAAGCUAUGUUCUGGCGCAAUAAAUGA